CGCUAAAUUACUUCAUAUUGAAGAUACAGUAUUUUCAUGUUUAGAGGCAGAGUCUGCAAAAGUGGGGACUUUAUCUGAAUUCUCGACGAGUAAGUGAACCACAAUGGACGACGACCAGCCCAAAACACUGUAUGUUGGGAAUCUGUCCCGUGAUGUCACUGAAGCCCUAAUCUUGGAGCUGUUUGGUCAAAUUGGACCUUGCAAGAGCUGCAAAAUGAUUGUAGAUACUGCUGGACAUGAUCCAUACUGCUUUGUGGAGUUUUAUGAGCAUAGGCAUGCCACUGCCACAAUUGCAGCUAUGAACGGUCGGAAAAUAUUGGGUAAGGAAGUCAAAGUUAACUGGGCUACUACACCAACAAAUCAAAAGAAAGACACAACCAAUCAUUUUCAUGUUUUUGUUGGCGAUUUAAGUCCAGAGAUAACAACAGAGGACAUCAAAACAGCCUUUGCUCCAUUUGGGAAAAUAUCAGAUUGUAGGGUUGUCAAAGAUAUGGCUACUGGAAAAUCCAAAGGCUAUGGCUUUGUUUCAUUCUUCAAUAAAUGGGAUGCCGAAAAUGCCAUUCAGCAGAUGGGAGGGCAGUGGCUGGGAGGAAGACAGAUCAGGACUAAUUGGGCCACAAGAAAACCUGCUUCCAAAACUACAAAUGAAACGACCAAUGCCAAGCAGCUAUCAUUUGACGAGGUGGUCAACCAGUCCAGCCACAGCAACUGCACAGUCUACUGUGGAGGUAUCACAUCUGGUCUCUCUGAACAAAUAAUGAGACAGACUUUCUCACCGUUUGGCCCUAUAAUGGAAGUCCGUGUUUUUCCUGACAAAGGCUACUCAUUUGUUCGAUUUAACUCUCAUGAUGCAGCUGCUCAUGCCAUUGUUUCAGUAAAUGGUACGUCCAUUGAGGGAUAUGUUGUCAAAUGUUACUGGGGGAAGGAGGCAAUAGACUUGGUCUCCCCUGUACAGCAGAUACAGAUGCCACAGGUAUGCAUUAUGCUUCAUGCAUGUGAGUUAGUUGGAUUCUUCGCAGCACAGCCCUAUGGUCAGUGGAGUCAGUGGUAUGGUAACACACAGCAGAUUGGUCAAUAUGUUCCCAAUGGCUGGCAAAUGCCAAGCUUUGGAGUCUAUGGGCAGUCUUGGGAUCAACAGGGCUAUAAUCACUUACAAGUUGGCGCGAGUUGGGCUGGUGUAGCGACUCUGAGCAAUGGUGACUUGGUGGACACAGCACAGGGGGUUAAUGGGAUGGUGCUAACCAGCCAGUCAGGCAUGGGGACAGCUGGUUUUCAUACCCACUGA